UCAAAUGAAUAUUCGAUCAAGUCGAAGAACUCUCCACUGUGAUAAUAACGAUUACAAUUAUUAUUUCCAAUUAACAAAUUGGCAACUCAAUACCGAAGUUGAUGAAGAUGCAUAUGUUGAGGCAUUUCCUCUUCUUUUGGAUCAUAUUAAAUUUACAGAAGAUUUAAAGAAUUUUUAUGAAGCAAGAAAAACUGUUUUUUCUCGUAUCGAAAGAAUUCUUCCUAAAGAAAAAGAUCAUGAAUCGUUUGAUGAUAUUCAAGAAUGGCGAACUACCAUAUUGCAAGGUCCUAAAUAUGGUGCAAAAAUUGCUCUUAAUAAGUUAGAGCAUUAUGAAAAAAAAAAUGAACGGCGUCAACAAAAAAAAGAAAAUAAAUUAAAUUAA